UAUUAUUAUUUAUUAUUGGCAAAAUUUCGAGUAGACCAUUUGGUUGAAGUGAAGAAUUAUCCCUUAAAUUUAUUCCUAUAGCAUAAGUGAUAGUGCUGUUAUGGCUCAUUUUAUGAGCCUCAGGUAGUUUUUAAAAUAUGUGUCCGUCAAUCUACGAAGGUUAACCAUGAAUGAAGUUCCCUGCAUCACUUUCCUAGCUGUGUACAUCCUUUCCAUCAAUAUCAUUCAGACUAAUUCAAGGUCCUCAACCCUCUGGAAAUUAAGCGUUGAGGAUGAAAAAAUUAUUGAGGCUAGCUGUGCAUCAAAUGCAGCCUCCUCGCGCAACUCGCUUCCCUUUGAUGACCCCAUCUUCAACAUAAUAACCUCAACUGUGCAUCAGGGACAAUCGUGGACGAAGAGUGGUGAUAAUGACUGCCCACUUUGUAACCCCAGCAACUCUUCCUCAAAAGUUCGGUCACAGACUUCCAGGAGUGCAACUAAUCCUAGCGAAAAGAAAAGACCGAAAGACAUCACCCCUGAUCUAAGUAGUGAAACACUAGACUGUGGCCGACCAGCCAACUUUACCUUUUAUGAUAACCUUGUUGGUGUUGCCAACCGUAUGAAUCAUCCUAAUGUCCCUGAGCCACAGGUGAUGUUAAUAUUCAAGAAGAAAGUAAGUGAAAUUGACAUAUCUUCCCUAGAACGGAAGCUGAAAAAGGCAAAACGUGAGAAACCGAAGUCUGUCCAGUUGUACAACCAAAUUGGAAAUUUUUGGAGGGUGAGGGGUGACACCUUGAAGUCCAUCGAAUGUUUCCGCAGAGCGCUAGCAGUUUCACCACAUAAUGCGGAGGUUUUGCUAAAUUUAGCGCGAGUACUUUUUAAUCUUCAAUAUUUAGACGAUGCAAUCUACUUAACUCGCCGCUCGCUUGAAGUUCAGCCUCCUGACAAAAAUGCCUGGCAACAAUAUUUUACUUUGGGUGAAAUUUUUAAGGCGUAUGGUCAUUAUCAAGAAGCUGCGCUGCAUUUACGGCAUUGCCUGGAAUUGAAACCAGAGUUUGAGCCUGCUGCUCUUGCAUUACUUGAGAUGCAGAAUAUCCCGGACACAACCAUUCAUGUCUACACCCUGCUUAUCAUCGUGUGUCUUGUACUGGGUGUGUUGUUGGUGAUUGUCUCUUCAGUCGAUGGUGAUCUCAACUCCGAUUUUACAGACAUGAAGACAUCCCACAGGCACUUUAAUCGAGCAUUGGCCAUGCGAAGUCUAAAGUUUGGUAUCUCUGCUCGUACGCUGAGGGCAACUAAACGCACCUGCUAAUCUAAUGUGUUCUUUUUUGUUUUUAAACUUGCAGUUUUAAUUUUUAGUUCAUUCUAGUCGUUAGCCGUAUUUUAAUUUACACUACCUUGAUGGUAAAUGAAAGCUGUUCUGUUUCUUUUUUGUUUAAAAUUGUAAAAGGUAAUCUUUACUUUUGAAUCCACUUUUCAAUUUUAUCUUUUCCUCUAUCAAUUCAUGCACAAGUGAUGGUCUAUCAAAUGCCAAAAAUUCAGAGCCAGUGAAUAAAGAGCAAAUCUACGGCCCAACUAAGAAAACAGAUAUCAUGGUGUGAUAAUCCAGACAUUCCCAUCACAGUUUAUAUUUUAAUGAGGAAACUCAUCACUGUGAUUGCUUGAAAUCUCCCUUAGUUUUUUUUCUCUAUCUGAAAACUUUUCCAUGAAAAGGUCAAGUACAUAAAUAAAAUGGGCUAUCUUUCUGAGUAAUGAAAUAGAGAUGUUAAACCUGGCAAUCAAGAUAUGCGGUUACCUAGUUCAGCAUUUAAAAUUACAGCAGCCUCACUGCACUACCUCCUUUCAUAAAUUUCUGCAAUGGCGAAAGGAGGCCAAUCAUUUGAAGAGGAGACUUUACCAUGGGCGGAUCUAGCAAAAUGGCAACACCGGAUUCCUACCAUUUCAACCUAUGGAAAUAUAUCGAUUCUUGGAGGGGCCAGGUGCUCUGACAAGAAUUGAUUAUUUAGCAUAGGUUUAAAUGGUAGGAAUCCGGUGUUGCCAAAUUGCAGGAUCCGCCUUCGGACUUCACCACCAAUAGCGCUCUCUCCCGUGGGCAUUAUCUCAAGCAGGCUGGUUAUUUUGCUUUGCUAAUUAAAGUGGCAAGGUCUAUCAUUCAGCAAUAUGAAUGAAUGGGAUGAGAUGCUUUUCAAUAUCAAUGGAGGCGUUGGGUGUGGAAAGGGCUUUUCUUAGUAGCUGUGGGUCACAAUUUUUACUGCAUUUAUAUUUUAGAGAGGACUCUAUUCGGUGAAUUUUCUGGAAAUUUUCGUUUUCAGCAUUGAAAAAAUCAUCUAGAAAAUUCAGUAAAAGUUUUAACGAAUUCUACUCAUUUGCUUUAAUCAUAGUGGAUGAAAAGUUAGCAGAGAUUCUGAAAGACUGCAGCCGAUAAAUGCCCUCUCUGCACCCAACGCCUCAAUUGGUAGAGCCAGAUAUUUUGUCAUGUUAAUGUAAAACUUCUUUUGAGUGUGCAGCAGGGCUCCUUUUGUAACAAUUCAAUUAAAAUUGUGAGAAUUCAUCAGUUACGUCCUGCUGGCUUUCUUAACCAAAAAAAAAAAACUAGGGGAGCGAGAAAGUAAAAAACCAGUUGUUAAUGCCUGUAGUAGUUGCAAAGGACACUGCGAAUUUUAAGAAGAAGGAGAAAGUUGAUCGAGAUCUUUUGAAGAAACGCUUAUAGAAUUAAAACAGAGGGUUGCUUGAGAGCACAUGGUCUCACUUGAGCUGAACAAGCUAAGAAGUAUCAAAUACCAAUACUGUGAGCUGUUGCAAAAUUAUGAAAACAUGCUGGAUUUGUCCUUUGAUCUCUCAAGUGAAUCCUGCAAAUCUAUUGGUUACCAAAAGAAGUAAAAUGAUGAUACGUGUCGCGCUGAUGAUCUAUUUGUUCAUCAUGAAAAUGUUCUUGUUACCAGUGAUGAAUUUAUUCAAAACUUGUGCAUGGAUUAGAUAUUAAUAAUAAUUCAUCAACUUACAACUAGAGUGAGUGGGCUGUGUGAUUCUCUUCCUUUAUGCAUCUGACACUAAACUGAUUCUGAAACCAUCUGUUGUAAAUUUAAUCCAUCAAGGAAAUUGAUGUGUACAGUGCAUAUUGCGUAUGUGUGGGCAUUUUUGCUAUUUAUCAUGAGGUAUGUAAGUGCGUUUAAACCGUUCUUUCAAAUCCACAAUUUUUUACAUUAAAAAAUCUAAACCUCUGAUUUUUGAUACAUUUUACAUACUUUGAAUGUGCUCGUGCAAAUUAAAGUUUACUCUCAAUCAUAAA